AUGCAACCAGCAGCAACGUCGUCUUUAUCCCCACUGCGCCGUUUGGCCUUGCACUCCACCACCACAUGCUCUGUGCAGGCAUCCGCGUACGGCAAGUGCAUCCUGGCCACCUACGUGGACGUGAAACAGGACGCUUGCAAAGAGGAGUUUACUCGUUUCGGUGCUUGUGUUCGUGAGGCAAUGAAGCGCAAGUGGUGA